AGGGGCCUAAACGUUAAGGACCCAGAAGAAGAAGGUCUCGCGCAGGAAACUGAAGUGGGAACGAGCGCUCAGCAAUAACUACAGACAUUAGAAACGUCAUAUUCCGUAGUCCUAACAUAAAAUUAAUAUCACCGUCAAAGAAGUAAGAAACAUUAUAUGGUAAGAAAUUUUGCAUAAAUAUAAACAUUAGAAUUUAUUGUAUCAAACACCUUGAAUCUGUCAAAUUCUGUAUAAAUAUAUAUUUUUUACGCGUACGACAAAAUGUAUAUCUAUAAUAUACACACAUAAUGUAAUAUAUUUCUCUAAGGGUUUUAGCCCAUUGUUUUUACUGUUGCUGCAUAUCUUUUAUGGUCUACCCUAUCUAUCUACCCUAGCUUGAAUACACUAUUGGAAUAUUUACAUUGUUUUGAUAAUUAUAGUGACAUAUAAUGCCAGUUUAUUUUCCUAUUCGAAGAGAAUGUGUCAGUUUUUGAUGAUAUUGAUUAAAAUUCAGUCCUACAUAAGCUAAUUUAAAACUUAUUUUAAAGGUUUGCACUAUAAUAAUAAUACAACAAAACAGGUUAUUAACUUGAUUAAUACUAGAAUAACAGCUUCAAUGGAAAAUUUAUAUAUUGAGGGUAAACAAAACCUGUGGAGAAACUGAACUAGCUGACAGCAGGGACACAAAGAGGGAGAAAGCAGGAACAGGCUACUUACCUGAGAAAUCAGCCAAUCACAGGAGACUGGGGGCGUUUCCCAAGGAAUAGAUAAAGCAGGUGUGACAGGUGACAUCUUGACAUAAAGCAAGGACAAACAGUCAAGAAAGGGGUAGAGAAGAGCACACUACAAGUCAGAAGGUCAGAUAACUUUAUUUAUUUUUGGUUCACAUAAGAAAUACCUGCGAUAGACUGAACAAGAAAAGGAUUUUUGAAGCCUGACCAGUGUCAUCAUACAGAAUUUUGGUGUCAUACGAAGACAUUUCAAAGGCAAAAGAAGAAAUUCUGAGAGGUAAGAAGAAACCCGACAAUGUCAUCGUUUGAGGCUCAGGGCCAGUCUCCUCCACGGUGCGGUCCGCAGUUCCCCAGCCUCGGCCAGGAGCCCCCCGAGCUCAGCAUGUACAGUGACUGUUACUACCCUCCACCUUCUCUGCCGAGUCCUCAGCGCACUACUCCGACUUCCUACGAGCUGAGUGACUACACCACCCCUUCUUCAAACCCUUACCUCUGGUUCAAUGGCUCCGGGAUCACCACACCGCCGUACCUGGCUACCACGGGCCCACCUGGUAACCCCGGCCCUCCCUUUGUCCCUCAACACUACGGCAUGCAGAGACCCUACCUUGGCCCACCUGGAGCUGGCGGACCAGGAGGGGAGCUGAGCUGGUUCUCACUGCCCUCACAAGAAGACCUAAUGAAACUGGUCAGGCCUCCAUAUUCCUACUCGGCUCUCAUUGCCAUGGCUAUCCAUGGAGCACCAGACAAGAGACUGACUCUGAGUCAGAUUUACCAGUACGUGGCUGACAACUUCCCCUUCUACAACAAGAGUAAAGCAGGCUGGCAGAAUUCCAUCAGACACAACCUGUCACUCAACGACUGCUUCAAAAAAGUACCAAGAGACGAGGACGAUCCAGGAAAGGGCAACUACUGGACUCUUGAUCCAAACUGCGAGAAGAUGUUUGACAAUGGAAACUUCCGCCGUAAAAGAAAAAGGAAGUCAGACUCUCUCUCUAACGGCGACGGUGGUUCUGGGGGUCCGGACUCAGGGGAUAGUGAGAGGGGCAGCCCCAAACACUCCGGCAGCGCUGCUCUUAACAUCUCUUCAACACCAGACAGGGUUCCAUCGCCGUCUUCGACAGGCCCCACUCCGUGUCUGAGCAGCUUCUUAUCUGAGAUGUCCGGAGUGUCUUCUGGUGGAACGAAUGAGGUGGGAAGUGAUGGGUUGAGCAGGCCACUCCAGAUCAACCUUCCGUUAGAAGGCCCCCACAGACCUGUGCAGCCUGGAAGUUUUAGCAGCUACUCCCCCAACUCAGGUGGGCCAGAGUGGGUACCACAGGUGCCACCUCCCCCAGUUCUCUCCUCAUCACCCACCCACUCUUCUUUAGGGUACAGCAGCCCAAUCCUUAGCCAGUAUAGUGGGUCCAGCGGGCAUUUCUACCCCUCAUUAAGUUCAACAGGAAUCAUCUAUCACCGCGAGGGCACAGAGGUUUAAUAGGGAAGCUUUAAACUACCUCUAUGGUCAAGUGUAUUGUAGAGAAAUUCUGGUAUGAAAAACAAGACACCUACAUAAACACAAAAAGGCUGUUUGCGCUGACUGGGACACUUGAGAUCACUUUAGCGUGUGACAGGAGAGUAAAAACGCUUUGAUUCCCACAGGAACAGCUGACUCAGACGUAGCCGACUGUGAGUGUCACUCCCUUAAACCAUUCUCAGCCCGGCUAUCAGUUCCUCAGUCAGCUUUUAUUUGAACUGAAGCUGGUCUCUAUCAGAUCUGACUCAUUAUUAAGAAAUGCUAGAUUGCAUCUGCUGACAUCAGGGUAUUCUAAACUGUUACCCAAGAUUCCUGAUGGUAUCACGGAUACAAUGCUCAGACAGCACAUUUAGAGAAGGGGUUAAAUUACACUAUUGCUUCCGUAUUGUGUGCGUGUGUGUGUGGUCACUGGCCUUAUAGAAUCAGCCAAGGGUAAAAGGUUUUAAGACUGGUUUUAAUGCUAAUUAGUCCUGCGGGUUAAUAUAAAAGUAGUCAUUUCACUUUGUAAAUAUGUCUAUGUUAUGUUAUACAUAUACAUUGCUUGUUGGUGCAUGUGUUAUCAAGUCAUGUACAAAACAGAAUUUUAAUGUAUGGUAUAUUCUGUAUAUGUUGUGUUUUGAUAUGAAUAAAAAGUUUCCCGAGUUCUACAUA